UUGCCGGAUAACUAACUCAAGUAAAUGUUCAGGCGAUUAACUCAAAGUUGUCCGACCUCACUGUACUUCUCUUUAAGUGUAUUUGUAGUACCGCAGGUGGGAGAUUGCAGGCGCAAAUAUCCCCCACAAGCAAUAGCAUGCUAAGCCCUCUCUAGGGCAUUAUACAGAUAUGUGGCUAUUUUCGUGCCAGCCAUUUUUAAUGUAUGGAAGUAACAUUGUGUCAUUGGCAGUGUCGCUGGAUUCCUGUUGAUCUGCUGCCUCUAUGGAGGCAGCGGGAACUUUGCUCUCACAGCUGCCCAAACGGUCACACGCUGUCUCCCCCUGGAACUGGGAACUCUCAGAACCUCGAGAGAUAUAAACCCCGCUUAAGUAUAGGGAGCCUUAGGAAUCACUUGAGCUAGCCAUAUUUCCUUCUAUGGCUCCAGCACUGAUGGGGUUAAGCCCGCUCAGGUACGUGCGCACCUCAGCCCCUCCCCUGUGUAUUCUGUGGCCAGCAGGAUCCGCCAGCUUCCUGGACUGAGAGCCAUGUCCGAUCACUGCCGCUUGUGUGCCAACCCCCUUCGUGGGUCACGUCGCAAAUGGCUUUUUGGGGGUUCUGGUUCCCUUUCUACCCUCUAUUCCCAUGUUAUGGGUUCUCCUGUUUCACGAACCCCACCUGGAAAAUCUCCAAGAUCUUAUGGAGGCAAAGGAUCACCAGACAAUUCUGAAUUUCUCUGUGGGAAGUGCUGCCAUUCACUCAGUGUUUAUCAUCGCUAUGACCUGGUAAUGUCCCGCAUGCGCCAGCUAUAUGAACGCAGAUCUACACGUCUACUUGCUGAAAGAGAGAAACUCUCCUUUACCCUGCGCAGUAUUCAUGCCAGGGCAUGGGGCCGCCCUCUUCCUGACUACCAUGACCACAGUCACAACAGAAAUAGACGUGGAUAUCAUGGCUUUGGCAACAACAUUAGUUCUGCUGACCAGCAGAUACACCAUAGGCCUGUUUCUCCUGGGUACCAGUUAUUAAGCCCUGACUCUCCUUUUCCUAGCCAGCAAAACUUGUACCAUGGCUCUGUAGGUUCUCUUUCCCCUGGGACCCCUGCAAAGUUAUACCAUCAACUUUUGGAGCAGGACCGCUCAAUGUGGGAGCAUGAAAGCUGGUGGGAAGAAAGAAGUGACACAUGCUCAAACUGUGCCAAAGGAGACAAAUGCCAAUACUGUUCCUCCUGGAGGGUUUCAGAUUCCAAUUAUGAAACUGUAUGUUCUAUUCCUCGAAAGAUGAGCCACAGAAGAGAUGAAAUGGACCAAUCAAGUUUACAACGGAGUAAAUCACUGGGAAGUUUUUGUGGGGAGAGUAGCAGAGAAACCCUGUUGUCGUUUUCCACCUCAUCCCUAGAGGGGCUCUCCUUUACAGGGGAAGAUGAAAUGGGUGUGUUCUGGGAGCCACCAUCCCCUCUUGUUAAUUCACCUCCUGUUUCCCCUUAUUCUAAGCCUCUCUUAGGGGAGGCAUUGAAGGGUUUGAAGGCGAUAACAUACAGCCCUGUAAAAACUCCUACCCAAAGCAGAAUUCCAGUAAGAAAGAGGGGUAGCUAUGAAAAAGUAAUUGAUGAGGCCAGGGGAAUAAUAAACAAAGAUGAGAAGCCUCUAGAGCAACCCUUAGGAGAAGACACUGAAGCAGACAUGGAUGCAUUUAUGGAAAUUGAGCCUGAGGUUUGCAGGUCUCAAGUCUCUCGUGCUCAGCGUAUCCAAGAUACAAUUAAAUGGUUGCAGAGUCAGCUGCAAGCAAAUAAGAGUGACAGUAAUCAACAGAAUCAAGAGGAACAACAGGAACUGAUCCAGGAGUUGCUGAAAACUUUGAACUUUAAGGAAGAAGUCCUGGAGGACUGCCUGACUUUACUGCUUUCCCUGCCAGUGCCCUCCGACCCCUUAUGUGGUAAUGUGGUGACCCUUAUUGAGAAGCUAAGGGAACAAGAAAAGAAGCUUAAGGAGGAACAAGAAGAAUUAGAAGAGAAUGUGCAUCAGAGCAAAGAAGAAACUAAACGCUUAAAGAUGGAGCUGCGUGAGAGAGAAGAGGAUUUGGCACGCCUAUCGAGAGUUCUGAGAGAGAAUCAGGACACCAUUACUGCUCUACGGGACAUUCUGAGUGAAAAGGAAUUCUUAAUUCAGCAAAUGAAAAUAAGUUUAGAAUCUGCUAUCCGAUCUGCAGCCUCACAAGAUACCCUGCGCCUGGCUGCUCUGCGAGAGAAAGAUUCCCUGAUCAGUGCCGUGCAGGGAGCUCUUUGCAGCAGUAAUCAGGAUGUGGAGGCCCUUGCGGAGUCCCUUCUCUCUCAGGGGCUGGAUGAUCUAGGCGGUGUCUCACCUACUGAAGCCCUAGUUAAUCAGCUAAAGGAGAAAAGCUCUCUUAUGUCCCAGACACUCACAGACAGUCAAAAGCAGAGCAUUCUGCACCAAAAAGACAUCCAGGAUUUGUUGAAUGCUCUCAAUGAAAGCCAGACCCUGCUGCAGGAUCAGCUGCAGCACUGUAAAGUGCGCCUUCAAGCUGGAGCAGAGGAGAAAAAUGCCCUACGUGAAGCUCUGCGGCUGUGUGAGACAGAACUAAGGGCAGAGAGACAGAAAUAUGUGUGUGAUAUGCAACUGGCAUGCGGGGAAAUGGCUAAACUUCAGGGCACAGCAAGAGAAAGGGAUAGGACCACACAGAAGUUGCUGCAAGAAGCACAAAGCAGAGAUCACACAAUCAAGAGGCUGCAAGAGAGACUGAGCCAGGGAGGUGUCCUGAGAGACACGUUGUGAGGAUUCGCCACUCUUUUGAUAACUUCUGUCCGUUCCAGCAUGGGAUACCUUGGUGCCAAUGUAUUUUGUUUACAAUGAAAAUGGACGUUUAGGAUCAUAUCUAUCUCUGUCAGUGGGAUUGCUUGGUGCCAAUGCUUUCUGUUUACAAAUAGACAUGUGGAAGUUCGGGUUUCUAUCUAAUUCUAAUAAAAUUGGCAAUUAUAGAUAUACUUGUGCAUACAAAGAUUGUUUCAUAACCUUUACAGGGCUAUAGUUCUCAGGAUGUUAGGUUUAAUAGAUUCUGGUCAGUGGGCUUAUACAUUCUUUGUGUCUGUCUCAUAUAAACUGCCACUUUCAACCAUUAUUAUGUCAGGCAAAGAAAUCUCCAUACUAAUUGGUUUCUGUCUCUGCAAACUGGCAGUAAGAAUCAUUUGCCAAGAGUGCACAGACACAUGGUUAAAAACAUCCAAAAAGUCCAAAUAUUUAUGUCAAGAGCAUGUAAUUAGGGAUGCAUCGAAUCCAUUUUUUUGGAUUCGUUCAAACCCCUGAACGCUUCGUAAAGGAUUCGACAGAAUACCAAACCAAAUUAGCAUAUGCUAAUGAGGUUUUAGAAGGGUUAAAUGUUGACACGUGCGUAUUGCGCGCUGAAAAUUUUCAACUUCUGUGUUUACGUUACAGAACGUCACGUGAUUUUUUGGAUUCAGUUCGACCAGGACCAUGGAUUCUGCAGAAUCCUGCCAAAAACGGCAGAAUAUUGUCCCAAUAACAAACCAAAUGCUGGAUUCCAUGCAUCACUACAUGUAAUUAUAGACUAGUACACAGCAUUGUAACUCAGGGGCAGUAAUCUGAGCAAAUCCAAUAGCAUUUAGCAUGAUAUGGAUAAUUUAUUGAUUAUAUACUGGACAAAUGCAUUGGUGUUAUUUUUAAACUGGGGUUUCUGGAGUUCCAUGAAAAUCAUGUUUUUGGCUUACUGUGUUGGUCUACCUUGGUUUUGUGUUACUAUUUUUACUGUAUGGGUAAAUGUGUUCUUUGGCAACUGAGAACACAGAUUGUUCCUGUACCUGUAAUAUUACUUUAUUUGUAUUUUCUGGUUACAAGGAUGGUAAUUAGGCUUGUCUGUAAUAGGUAAAAAAAAACCUUUCUUAUGCUGUAUAUAAGAGGGAAGGCAGGGGUAAAGCUCUGUUUGGGGGACCUGGGCAGAUGCUUUUAUCUGCUGAAUCUGUGAGACAGGCAUGCAGUGAUAAGAAAUGCCAAAUAACAGAUUUAUUGAUUGUGCUCCAAAUUAUCUAACCAAAGCAAGAAUUUAUUUAGAAUGAAUGAUUAAAAGGUGAAGAGAAUGGACAGUACACUGCCAGUGCCAUAUGAAUGUAAAGGAAUGUGAUGGGAGAAGUGUAUUUACACAUUUCUGCCCCCAGUGAGAACCUUGCAAGUUACCCGUUGCAGUGUUGCUAUAUUUACAUAAUUUACAAAGUGUGUGUUUGGGGGAUUCCCUAUUAUUUCUUUAAGCCACUGCCAUAAGGAGGGGUGUGAGAGUGUUCUUAGGGGUGAUGUUUUGUUGUAAAUACAUGUUUAAACUUAUAGGGUGGGUCAUUCAGAACUUCAUAAAUUAAUGGGAACACCUUACAGAGUUAAGGGGUGUUUGUAUAUUAAUGGAUUACAUGGAGCAUAUUUGGAGUUUUCCAACUCACUGCCAAAUCACUGUGUUGUCUGUGCCGUGUGUGCCAGAUGAAUAUUAUGUGCUCUAUCUGUAUCUAUGAGCAAGAGAAGGAUGGCUUACAAUGGACCAUUAUUACUGUAUGUUAAAAUGUGUGCCAUGCAUAUAAAUAUAGAUAUCAUUCAGUAGGCCCACACUGGCCACCAGUGUAAAAGAAAAUAGAUAAUUCUGUGCGUAACAUCUCCUGUACCAUUCUGCGAAUAAGAUGGGUACAUUUAUUGCCUGGGUGUUAUAGUUUGAUUUGUAGAAAUCUUAUUUCCAUCCUGCAGAAUUUGAAAGAUUCUGUAUUACUGAACAUGGGCUAUUACUUGGGGUUUUAGUGAAGAUUGUAUCUCAGUGAGUAAGGAACAUUCAUUUGGGAAGAAGGCAUAACAGAUUCCAGUCCUGAAUUUGCAGUUCUAUUGGUGAUAAACUGGACAAUGUGGUAAAAGCACAGACCGUGCUUGACAGUAAAAUGUAGCAGCUUUGGGAAAGCGAGUGAAUAUUCAGGCCUAUAUCUCAGUCUGUUGUGGCACAUAAGAAAAUAUUAGUUUUGAUUUAUUCAGUAUUUAUACUUUCUAGAAAUCCAUAGCCAACUUUUGCAAUGAAUUUUUUAAUGGUUCAGUAUAUACAGUAUCUAUAUAUAAUAUCAUUUAAAUGAAUUGAUUUUCUGUUAUUUGCUGUGCCAAUAACUGAUGUAAAAACAAGAUGAUUUAUUUUUCAUUCUCUAUUAAAUUGUGCAAAAAAUAA